CUGGUGCCAUAUACCUUCGCAGUUCUUCUCUAACCAUGCUGCUACAGGCUCAUACAAGCGGACUGGUUGUUUUCCUUUUAGCUGCUUUCCUGCCAGGUCUGCGCCUACAGAGGGAUGGCAGCUCAAACGGUCCUGUGUUGAACCCUGAGGCUCAGUUCUACAGGCCUGUUCUUCAACAAAGUGAGACCAUUCCCACACCUGGAAGCUACGUGCUUCGAGACUUUGUUGGGAGGACAUGCAUCAAAGCCACAAUGGGAGCAGAGUUCAUCGUUAUGGAAAACAAGACAAGCUGGUAUUUCAACCUGGAUCCAUCCAGGGUUAGGCUAAGUGGUAAAUGCAGCAAAGAAGAAGCCCUUCUCUCUCUCAUGCUGCCAGAUAAUUCUACAAGUCUGGAGUUCACCUUCAGAAAGGAUAAAGAUUAUUUCUAUGUCACCAAACUGGCUGCUCGAUUGCUCCCUCUACCCGUUUGCAAAGGAUGCCCCAAUAAGAUGUAUUCUGGGUUUUUAUCCCACAAGAUGCUUUUCAGAACAGCUGAUGAUCAGAGCUUCAAGUGCACAUCGGAGUCACUCCUUUCAGUUUCUUCUGAGCUGCGGAUCAAGUUGGUUCCUCUGCAGAUGCAGGCCUUUGGUGUCCCCAAUGGGCAGUUUGGAAAAGAGGAUGAGUGCUGGGCUGAUUUUAACCGGAGAGCAGUUCCCAUCAUCAUUGGGUCCACAGCACUGGGACUCAUGCUGAGUAUUGUUCUAAGCUUCCUGAUCAUAAGAGAUCGCCACAGACCAGGAUAUGAAAGACUCUGAUCUUACUCUAAUCUGUUCGUUCACCUUCAGAAAAGCCUGCAUAUCUAAUAAUGCUUGUAAACUUUGUAAAAGUCUUAAAAAUAUAAACUAAAGGUGUACAGUUUAUAGUUAUUUAUUUGAGUGUUUAUGCUGCUGUCCUUUUAAAAAGAAUCAUAUUUGUAAUUGAAAAUAUUUUAUGCUGAAUUUCAGUGUUAAAAUAUUUAGAUAUUGCCUCAUAUCUAGCAUAUUGUUGCAGGGUUUCAACCCUCUGCCAGCAGAUGCCUUUCUGAUAAGAACAUGAAAAGGAAAGCCAAAUUCACUUCUGGAACUUACUCAACAACAAUUAAAGAAUAAAGACAGA